CCGGUGCUUCAGCCCCCUCUGCUCCCAGGACCUGCACCGGAGCGCGCGCGGCGGGAGAACAUGGCCGGGAGGCAGAGAGGCGCGGGGCGGCUCUGGGCUCUGGGAGGCGCCGCCCUGGGGGCUUGCCUGGCGGGGGUUGCCACGCAGCUGGUGGAGCCCAGCACGGCCCCACCCAAGCCCAAGCCGCCUCCACUGACCAAAGAGACCGUGGUGUUCUGGGACAUGCGUCUGUGGCACGUGGUGGGCAUCUUUUCGCUCUUCGUGCUGUCCAUCAUCAUCACGCUGUGCUGUGUCUUCAACUGCCGUGUGCCACGGACACGGAAGGAGAUUGAGGCCCGGUAUCUACAGCGAAAGGCCGCCAAGAUGUACACAGACAAGCUGGAGACCGUGCCUCCACUCAACGAACUCACAGAAAUCCCUGGAGAGGAUAAGAAGAAGAAGAAGAAGGACAGUGUGGACACAGUGGCUAUCAAGGUAGAGGAAGAGGAGAAGAAUGAGGCGAAGAAGAAGAAAGGAGAGAAAUGAGCAGAGUCUCCUGGAGGUGGCAGUUAGGCCUGGCAGGCCUUGAAGUCCAAGUUCAGACCAGGAUCCAGGCACCAGGACUCCAUGUUCAGACAUGGACCACAGGCUCUUGUCUGAGAAGCCAAGGCCAUGGCCAUGACCUCAUAGCCCAAAAGACGUAGGGAUUAAGACUUCACGAGUGUCCAUCCUGGACUCUGCUCCAUUCACAUCAUUAGCCUGGCCACUUCUCUUGGGUCACUGUCCUCUGCAGAUAUAGAGUGGCCUCAAACUACCCCCCGCAUCCAGACAGGUUUCUGUCCCACCCUUUUUGCCAGGGGCAGAGGUACCUAUGGAGGAGUCUGGGAUUGGUGGUUUCAGAUGCAGGAUUGAACAAGUUCUGUGUGAACCCCAUAAGCACGGAGGGAGGGCUGAUGGGGGGGCAUCUGUGACAUGAGAUUCUCUGACACAGCUAGAUAGCAGCCCUAAUAGCAAGGAAAUCGCCCCAAACUUGGCAGGAAUCUGACCCUGGCUGCCAAAGUGGCCCCAUUAUCAGGAGAGUUCCUGACCUGGCAAAUGCCAAACUCUGAAAACAGAGUGACAUUGUGUGGAGCUGGGGCUGCAGAGGGGCUGGCAUGAGGCCCAGAGCCUACGGGCUUCUGGUUCAGGGGUGGGGUCUGAAAACUGAAGAGGGCUGAGGCCAGGGACUGAGCGAGCAAGCCUGGGUCUCCCCAUCCACCUGCUGAACACAGCCAUGUGCUACUCUUCUGCCAUGUCUACUAAAGGAAGUGUCUGCCAAAAAGACUAUUCGAACAGCAUUGAGGGGCUGACUCUGGACAAGAAUCUUUCAACGUCAAAAUGAGGAGCUCUGACCAGAGCUGGGGACAGGGACUGUGGGAAGACCAGGGGGGAAGCCCUGCUAGAAAGGUGUCCCGAAGAGAUCUCUCAAUCAAACUGGGUGCCUGCUCAGCCUCAGAAUACAACACUUCCACCUGAAAUGAACUCCACCCCUGACAUGUGAUUUGCCAAGCCCUGGAGGAUUCCUGUAGAAGGUAACACAGUAAUUCAUAGUAAUAGGUGCCUCCGACAAGCCUCAAGUUCUCUCCCUGACCCAGAUUCAGACCAAAAGAGGGGGGAUGGAGGAAGCUGGAGAGAUGGCUGAGGAGUUAAGAGCACUGCUUUUCUAGAGGA